GAGAGAAUCUAUUGAACCUGGACGGCAUUUGGGUUUCUCUUAUUUGUAGGAUAAGUUCAUUUGUUAAUCAUAAUGAUGAUUAUUGGGGUGUUUGGAAAGAUAAUUAAGGACAAUCGAGUGUGGCGUACAUAAUGGGAAGGUUUUGAAAAAGGAAAAUCUUUUUUCUUUGGUGUAGAAGGGCAAUCCUGUUGUCCACUAUCAACGGCUUUCAUGAGAAGUACAUGAACAUGGAGCCGUCAAUAUCUGCACCAGUACAUUCAACUGACAAGGUGCACGAAUCAAAAGAUAUGGACACUAUAAGCCUGUCAUCCUCUCACUGUCAGGCUCACGACACACCACAUAUACACAAGGUUGGCAUACCCCCUAAGCAAAACCUCCUGAAAGAAAUCAAAGCUACUGUAAAGGAGACAUUCUUUGCAGAUGAUCCUCUGCGUCCUUUCAAGGACCAAACAGGAUCAAAAAGGUUCAUCCUAGUUAUGCAAACUAUUUUCCCUAUUCUUGAAUGGGGUAGAAGUUACAAUAUCACCAAAUUUCGAGGGGACAUCAUUGCUGGACUGACCAUUGCUAGUCUUUGCAUUCCUCAGGACAUUGCGUAUGCAAAACUUGCAAAUUUGGAUCCUCAGUAUGGAUUGUGUAAGUCUCCAACUGUGUACUUCUUGCACUGCAUUGACCUUUCUUGUAGUUCGACAUGCAUUUAUACUUGUUAUUGUUUGAAAUGCUUGUCAGACUCCAGCUUUGUUCCACCAUUGAUAUAUGCCUUAAUGGGUAGUUCUAGAGAUAUAGCAAUAGGACCAGUAGCUGUGGUUUCUCUCUUGCUGGGGACUCUGCUUCAGAAUGAAGUUGAUUCCAAAAAGGAGGCAGAAACAUAUAGGAGGCUAGCAUUCACAGCUACUUUUUUUGCAGGAAUCACCCAAGCAACUCUUGGGUUUUUCAGGUUGGGCUUCUUGAUUGACUUCCUAUCACAUGCUGCUGUUGUUGGUUUCAUGGGUGGAGCUGCCAUCACAAUUGCACUCCAGCAGCUUAAGGGUCUUCUUGGAAUACAAGUUUUUACAAAGAAAACUGAUAUAGUUUCUGUAUUGCACUCGGUGUUUGUCUCAGCCCAUCAUGGAUGGAACUGGCAGACCAUAGUUAUUGGUCUGAGCUUUUUAGCUUUCCUCCUGUUUGCCAAGUACAUUGGAAAAAAGAACAAGAAAUUCUUCUGGGUUCCUGCAAUUGCACCACUGAUAUCUGUUAUUCUGUCAACCUUUUUCGUGUUUAUAACCCGUGCUGAUAAGCAAGGGGUUCAAAUUGUGAAAUACAUAGAGAAAGGAAUAAAUCCCUCCUCUGUGAAGGAAAUAUAUUUCAGUGGUCAAUAUCUUCCAAAAGGUUUUAAGAUUGGAGUUGUGGCUGGAAUGAUAGGAUUAACGGAAGCCAUAGCAAUUGGAAGAACAUUUGCUUCCAUGAAGGACUAUCAACUGGAUGGAAACAAAGAAAUGGUGGCACUAGGAACCAUGAAUAUUGUUGGUUCAAUGACUUCUUGCUAUGUGGCAACAGGUUCAUUUUCUCGAUCAGCUGUAAAUUACAUGGCAGGCUGCCAAACUGCAGUCUCCAACAUUGUCAUGUCGUUUAUUGUAUUUCUCACCUUGCAAUUUAUCACACCACUUUUCAAGUACACUCCAAAUGCUAUUCUUGCUGCCAUUAUCAUAUCUGCUGUCCUUGGCCUAGUUGACUUUGAGGCAGCAAUUUUGAUAUGGAAGAUAGAUAAAUUUGAUUUCAUUGCUUGCAUUGGAGCAUUCUUUGGUGUAGUUUUUUCAUCUGUUGAGAUAGGCCUCUUGAUUGCAGUCGCAAUAUCUUUUGCUAAAAUUCUCCUACAAGUUACCAGGCCCCGGACUGCUAUUCUUGGGAAUUUACCUGGGACAACUGUGUACAGAAAUAUUCAACAGUAUCCAGGAGCGACCAAGGUUCAGGGUGUUUUGAUUGUGAGAGUUGAUUCAGCAAUUUACUUUUCAAACUCCAAUUACGUUAAAGAGAGGAUACUGAGAUGGUUGGUAGAUGAGGAAGAAGAAUUAAAAGCAUCAUACCAACCAAAAAUCCAGUUCUUGAUAGUGGAGAUGUCACCUGUUACUGACAUUGACACCAGCGGCAUCCAUGCCUUGGAAGAGCUACACAAGAGCCUCCAGAAGAGGGAUGUUCAGCUUAUUCUGUCAAAUCCUGGUCCGGUGGUGAUUAACAAGCUCCACGAGUCCAAUUUUGCAAAUACAAUCGGAGAGGACAAGAUCUUCCUUACAGUUGCAGAUGCUGUGGCUUCCUGUUGUCCAAAAUUGGCAACAGAAGUUUGAGAAACACAGAAUGAGGUUGAUAGGGUUUGUAUAUACAGUGGGAAGGGCCUUGGAGCUAAUGUUUUAUCUAGUAUAGAUGGUAGAUGAUGGUGGGGCUCAUCAUCCUGCUCCAUUCCAAAACACAGGAAAAAGUUGCUGGCUUCCCAUUUCCACCAAGAGAUAAGGCUAAAGGGGGAAUUUACUUUUUAGAAAAAAAAUAUUCAAAAAGAAAUGUUCAUAGAAUUGCAGUUGUAUUGUGGCCUUAUUGAGCGCAUUUUAAUUAUCUA